AUGGUAAACUGUGAACUCCAAACCUCUGGCUCCUGCAUCUGCGGCGCGACCAUAAUCAGCUGCUCUUCGCAGAUCGAUUUGCGUGCAGGCUUCUCCAGAUUUCCUAGCCAUUCCAUAUCCAUGGCGUCACCCAAGUUCGUAUCCAGACCACUGCCGAACGUCUCCUUGCUUUCUGUCGUCCGUGGGGUUCAAUUGGCCUUUUUGGGUGCGUUUCGGGCUCUUCAAAAUCCUCAGUUGUAUUCCAGCCGGUUUACGAGGCGAUCUAUAAAUGUCAUAUUUUGGUCGUUGGCAUUUCAAUUGACACUUUGGGCGCCUUUUUUCGUUGCAACGAGAUUGUUGCUACUCAUACUAUCGUUCAGCGACUCGCCAGCAUUGAAACUUGUGCUCAAAUACUUGUACUAUACCCAGCACAAUGUACUUCAAAUUGGUGGUCUUCUCAUCCUGUCUUUGCGGUUCUUCAAACCCGAAUUGGACGAGCUCUUCUUGACUUCUUUGGAGUUUGUGGACUCUGUUCAUAACCGGAAAGCCAAAGUGCCGAGAGAAUACAAAAAAAACUUGGAAAUUGUGGCCCCGAAAAAUCCUAAAACGACGUACAAUCCACAGUCAAUAUUUGAACUCGUCAAGUAUAAGUACAAUAAUUCCUCGGAAUUCGCUAGCUACGUGAAGCGGAAUGUACGUGCUUCGCUAGUGAACAUGGUUGUCAAGUUCAUCUCGAGAAAGUGGACUAUUGGUGCUUUUGCAGUAAGAUUGAUGUCGUUGAAGAACUUGAACGAUCAACUAGGAACGGUGCCUGCGCUUGCGUGCUUUGCUGUACUCAAUUCGGUGUCCCGAUCUUACAGUAUCUGGCUAAUUACCACGUACUGGGGCUCGAGAAACUUGAUUCAUGAUCUUCUUUUACCGUACUUUACUCGCACUCGGUUCUCCAAUGGGGAUAAGAAAGCAUGGAUGAGCGCCAGAGAAGGAGUCCUCCUUGGGUUUGGAAUUGUGUUCUAUCAGCUCAUUGUACAGCUACCAUGGCUCAGCUUGUUCGCAUAUGGCAUUGGCGAGGCUAGCGUUGCAUAUUUGAUCACCAAGAUCUCGGAUCCACCUCCAAAUAAUCCAAACCUCUUGAUAAAUUGGACCGCCUCACAACUUGUAUGGAGCGAUGGAAGUCUUCAACAGGUUCUCAAUGGUGUGUUCACCGAUACUGACGAAGGGUUUAUACCCGUUCCAGGAUCAUUUUUGUUUGGCAAUAUUGACUCCGAAGAAAAAGACACCUUUGCAUCCCAAUAA